AUGGGUUUCAAUCCGCACCCCCGUCUUCUUUCCCGCCUCGCGACUCUCAAGCGUGAUGCUCGAGCCGGCGACGAUUACGCAUACACCCAACGCUUCACACUUAUGACCCAAUCGCCAGAAGAGGGCUCACUCAUGUGGCGAGAAGACGUGUACCGGUACAAGUACGUGCCUAUCCCCCAACAGGAUGACCCUGUGGCUCGAGUCAUCAUCAGCAUCAGCAAGGCACUUAAACGCGAGAACUGUGAUUUCGCAAACGUCAGCAUCAAAGUAUGGGGCACUACGAGUGCACCGCCCAUUUGGCCUCCCCAAGCAUGUCCUCCAGGCCACUCUGUCAAGUUCUACACCUUCACGCAGGAGGCUCAGGAGUUCCCGCUCACGGUCCCGAUAACUAUCGUUCCGGCAUUCGGCCCACUGUCCCCUGAUACUCUCUAUGUCUACCUGGGAAACUCGAAAGUGUGGACGCCGCUUAAGGAGUGGCUGCCUACAAUUCCUGACCUGAAUCCCAUCUGCGCUCGCACCCCUCCCGAGAUGACACGGAUAUGGCGGACACGCAACGGCCGAACGUUCUGUCUCAUGGACCUACCAUCAGAGUUACGUGCCAUCAUCUUCGAGUACACCCUCGGUCCUGAGAUCUAUCCGCUUAGCAAAGUGCCUGCGGCCUGGCAAGGCACCACGAAGCAUUUCACCGACUUCAACAUCUUCACACUGGUCGCUGACACCGAAGCCGGACCCGCGGCGAAGUAUAACUGCCUUUCAAGGAUCCACCUCAGCUUCACGAACGUGGAGUGGUUCAAGUUCCUUGGCGUCCAAAUCACCGCUGAUGGCCUAGCUGUUGAUGAUACGCACUCCCUGGGCAGCUAUCUCACCGAGGCGAAGCUGCCCAAGUUGACGUACCUCGAGAUGCGCUUCCGCAACCCGGAGGACGGGACUAUGGAGCCCCUGGUCGGCUUUGUGAAGUGCGACACGAAGUUGAAGUGGGAGUACAUUUUUGCACACGCUCACCGCGACGAACACAACCACGAGGAGGCCCUGCAAGCGGUUCUCAGCACGCCAUCGUAUCUCCUGCGAGUACCAACCCCUCGACGUCUUGAACCUGCAGUGCUAAUUAAUGUGAUGCAUAGCCCACCUCCAUGCACCUGCCCGAAAUCCUGCGCCCAGAAGCGUCGCACUCGAUGGUACACGAAGCUUGGCUGGGAGCGUCGGGGUUUUAAGCCGGGCAACUCCUUCGACUUCGACUUCGAGGACGACGAGAUCGAGAAUGCUGAGUUGAAUAAGUCGAAUGGGUAUACCGCGAGCAGACGGGGAUAUCCUACUAAGCGAAUUCGGGACGAGAUGGAGAAUCUUGAGUAG